AUGGAUCUUAAAAAUGGAUCUUUCGUGACCGAAUUUAUUUUAGUAGGAUUUUCUGCACAAUGGGAACUUCAAAUUUUCUUCUUUGUGGCUUUCUCGGUGAUCUAUGGAGCUACCGUGUUUGGAAACAUUCUUAUUAUGGUCACAGUGACAUUUAGUUCCACUCUUCAUUCUCCUAUGUAUUUCCUCCUCGGAAACCUCUCUUUCUUGGACAUGUGUCUGUCCACUGUCACUACACCCAAGAUGAUCACAGACUUGCUGACUAUACACAAGACCAUCUCCUUGUGGGGUUGCAUGGCACAGAUGUUCUUUAUGCAUUUCUUUGGUGGUGCGGAAAUGACUCUUUUGAUAGCCAUGGCCUUUGACAGAUAUGUAGCCAUAUGCAAACCCUUGCACUACAGGACAAUAAUGAACCACAGGUUACUGAAUGGGUUUGUGAUAAUUUCAUGGAUAAUUGGUUUUAUACACACUAUGAGCCAGAUGGUAUUAACAGUGAACUUGCCAUUCUGUGACAACAAUGUCAUAGACAACAUAUUUUGUGACCUUCCCCUUGUUAUUAAGCUUGCGUGUAUUGAAACAUAUACCCUGGAAUUAUUUGUGAUUGCUGACAGUGGACUGCUUUCAUUUCUUUGUUUCAUCCUUCUGCUUGUCUCCUACGCUGUCAUACUGAUCACUGUUCGACGAAGAUCAUCUGGAGGACUCUCCAAAGCUCUCUCCACAUUAUCUGCCCACAUCAUUGUGGUUACUUUAUUUUUUGGACCUUGUAUCUUUAUCUAUGCCUGGCCAUUCAAUAGCUUCGCAGGCAAUAAAAUACUUUCUGUAUUUUACACAGUUAUCACACCUUUACUGAAUCCUAUUAUAUACACUUUGAGAAAUGAGAAAAUGCAAGGGGCAAUGAAAAAAUUAAGGUUUCAUCAUGUUAGCUCUGUGUAA